AUGGAUAACUCAUCCCAAGCAUAUGGAGCUGCAAACGUCACUCACAGCACCAAGUGUCAGUUACAGAAGGUACACUUGGCCAUUCCAGUCCUCCUAGGGAUUCUAUCCGUGGGCUGCCUGGUCUUCAACAGCAUCAGUCUGUGGAUCUUCUGGUUCGGAUUCAAGCACUGGAACUCCAGCGUCAUGCUGCAGUUCAACCUUGCGUUGGUGGAUGCUAGUGUCCUUCCCAUCACCCCUCUGAUGGUGACCUAUUUCAGUCUUGAAAAUCACUGGCCCUUUGGGGAGUUCCUCUGCCAGUUCCAAGCCUUCAUGCUUUGCACCCACCUCUAUGGCAGCAUCUAUUUCCUGGUGUUCAUCAGUGUCCACCGCUACCAAGCCAUAGUUCAUUACAGUGCCAAGUCUGUCUGGAGGAAAAAGACCUUUUGGAAGAAACUCAUCUGGGGCUUGUGGGCCUUUCUCUUCCUACAAGGGUUGCCGUUGUUCUUCCUCAUCAAGACAUUGGACUUGGAUGGAACCACAAGGUGCCUUACCACCUACAAAUAUGAGCUGUCCUAUGUCUUCCUGCUCUACACAGUUCUCUGGAUGCUCCUUUGUUUUCUUCUGCCUUUUUGCAUUGCCUUGACUUCCUACAUUAAGUUGGGGGCUUACAUUGCCAAAAUAAGCAAAGCCACCCUCCAAGGCCGAGUGAUGAAGACCAAAUCCAUACAAAUGAUCACUGUCGCUCUGCUUAUCUUCGCCAUUUGCUUUAUUCCCUUCCAUGUUUGCAGCACGUUGGCUACCGUUCUAAAACAUUACAAGAUGCCGUGUGAAUUGCGACACCGCAUAGAAAUCAGCUAUUACAUUUCAUUGGUCCUCUCCAUAGUCAACUGUUGCCUAGAUCCCAUCAUUUACAAUUUUGCCAGCGAGAAUUUUAACAAGUCCUUUUUCAAAACCCUAAGAAGACUCGUCUCCUCAAAGUGA